AUAAAAUCUAAAUCUUAAUGUGUUUAAGUAGCUAUAUCAUGUCAUGUAAUGUUUACCUUAUCAUAUCAAAUAAAGUUCUCAUAAAAUCAGCAGCAAACCGGAUGUUGAUAAACUGUCAAAUUUCAUUCAAAACACGUGUGUGCAGACGAUUUCCAAUCCCAUAAUGAAAUCAGUAACGUGUACCGCUCCUGUUAACAUUGCUGUUGUUAAAUAUUGGGGUAAGAGAGAUGAAAAUCUCGUCCUGCCAUUGAAUUCAAGUGUAAGCGUUACUCUUUCACAAGAUCAGCUUCGAGCAAAGACGACAAUUUGUGCCUGUGAACAUUUUACAGAGAAUAAAAUAUGGUUGAAUGGAAGGGAGGACACAUUUGAGUCACCAAGAAUACAGAACUUGCUAAAGGAAGUGAAAAAUCGAGCAAAACAACAAGGAGAUGGAGGAAAAAUACUAGACUGGAAGAUUCAUAUAUGUUCUGAGAAUAAUUUUCCCACAGCAGCGGGUCUGGCCUCGUCAGCAGCUGGUUAUGCUUGCUUGGCAUUUACAUUAGCCAGAUUGUACAGAUUAGAAGGGGAUAUAUCUGAUAUUGCAAGACGGGGUUCAGGCAGUGCUUGUCGUAGUGUACAUGGAGGUUUUGUUGUCUGGGAUAAAGGGGACAAAGAUGAUGGUACAGAUUCUAUAUCUAGACAGAUAGCUCCACACACACACUGGCCAGAUCUUCAUGUGCUUAUUCUAGUGGUAAGUGACAAAAAGAAGCAUAUAGGAAGUUCCGAAGGAAUGCAGACAACAGUUCGCAGCAGUGAGCUUAUGUUAGAAAGAGUUAGACAGGUGCCAAAAAGAGUAGAUCUCAUCUCAAAUGCUAUACUCAGUAAAGACUUUGACUCAUUUGCCACACAUACUAUGAAGGAAAGCAAUCAGCUUCAUGCAGUAUGUUUAGAUACAUAUCCUCCAAUCUCCUACCUGACAGAUGUCUCCAGACAGGUCAUCACACUAGUACAUGCCUAUAACAAAUACUGUGGCCAGAAUAAGGUUGCUUAUACUUUUGAUGCUGGUCCAAAUGCUUGUCUUUAUUUAUUAGAAGAAAAUGUUGCCAUGGUUACAGCAUUGAUCAAGUAUUUAUUUCCUCCAGAAGAUGUCAGCGAACAUUUUGUAACAGGAUUACCAGUGGAUGAAGCAAAAGUUCCCGAGGAUUUUAUAUCUACAUUAAAUCUGCCUAUCCAACAAGGUGCAAUAAAGUAUAUGAUUCAUACAGUACCAGGAGAUGGCCCACAAGUGUUGACAGAUAAUGAUGAGUGUUUGCUUAAUGAAAAUGGCGACCCUAAUUAUUUGGUGCCAGAAAAACGAAAAAUUGACUGUGUCUCAUGAUACGUUUAUUUUCUUAACUUACUUUUUUAAGGAUAAUGGAACACAGUCUCAAGUUGUAAUGUGUUUAUAUAAGACCUUUUGUCAGAGAGUCAUAAAUUACUACUUGUAGACGAUAUCAACAGUGGAUGCUAUGUACAUGUGUACUUGCCAAGUUCAUAUAAACAACUAAGCUGGCUAUUUUGUUACAUUUUGCUACUUUACAUUUUUAUAAAGUGUUAUUUUUGUUAACUUUAUUAUAACAUGUUUUUACAUAUGCAUUAUUUUACAAGCAUAAAUACAUAUAUGAAUUUUUGUUGCCACAUUAUAAUAUCUUAAUUUAUAUAAUUACCUUCAACUUAUAAUAACAAGUUAUUUUAUAUAUGAGUACAUAAAUCUUACUUGUACCACUGUAGGGCCAGCAUGUAUUGCAGUGUGACCAGGAGUUUGUAGCUCAAUAUUUGUAUUUUAAAACUUUGAAUGGAGCAUAUCCAUUUCACAACUAAGGGUUAACAAUCUGAUAUUCAAAUAAGAAAUGAACAACUCCCUAGUUCAAACCAGGGCAA